AAUUUUUGCUGUUAACGACCAAAAGUGAAAGCUCAACUGAAACUACUAUGAAACUCCUCUCUCUCUCUCUCUCUCUCUCUGCGUACCUGCUUGAUAUCUCUCUGAAAGUUGAUCGCUUCGCAGUUCUCUGAGUCACAUCUCUUUCUGAAAGUUGGUCGCUUCUUUCUUUCUGUGUGUGUGUGUGGGAGUUCACUAUUUGUUAUGAAUGAUAUCCACAGAAGCUUGAAUUGUCCUAUAGCCACACUCAGACCCUUUCAUUCAAACCUUAAUCACGAGUCCUAGAAAACCCUAGAUUGCAUUUUCUAGGGUUUUUGAUGCCCAAAACAAUCCUAUCUCGCCAUGCCUUCUUCUCCUAAAUUCUUCUACGCCCGCCCUUCGUCGUACAGUCACAGAUCCACGGUCCUGAUUGUCUGUUUCCUGAUCGGACUCUCCGGCUUCGUAUUUGGGUUCGUCGCAAUUUCUAGACAUAGUCUUUCCGGGUAUAAAUGUAGAUACGAUAAACCCAGAUCGGUGUCGGUGGUUUGGGAGAAAAGUAGUGCUGGUGCUGGUGUAGGAGGAAAUCAAAACGGUGGCGUUUCGGAUGGGGAUCAGAAGAGGUAUAAGGUGAUGGGCUUUGUUGGGAUUUUCACUGGGUUUGGAUCGGUUUAUAGGCGGCGAUCGUUGCGCCAGACUUGGAUGCCAUCAGAUCGACAAGGGCUUCAACGGUUGGAAGAAGCCACUGGCUUGGUCAUCAGAUUUGUGAUUGGUAGAACCAGUGACAAAUCGAAGAUGGCAGAGGUCAGAAAGGAGGUAGCUGAAUAUGAUGACUUCAUCCUAUUAGAUAUUGAGGAGGAGUAUAGUAAGCUACCAUACAAAACUUUAGCUUUCUUCAAAGCUGCCUAUGCACUUUUCAACUCCGAAUUCUAUGUUAAAGCAGAUGACGACAUAUAUCUGAGGCCAGAUCGCCUUUCACUGCUUUUGGCUAAAGAGCGCUCUCACUCUCAAACAUACCUUGGAUGCAUGAAAAAGGGUCCAGUAUUCACUGACCCACAUCUCAAAUGGUACGAGCCACAAUCCUCUUUACUUGGGAAGGAGUACUUUCUACAUGCUUAUGGUCCAAUUUAUGCUCUUUCUGCGGAUGUCGUUGCAAGCUUGGUUGCUUUAAGAAACAACAGUUUCCGCAUGUUCAGCAAUGAGGAUGUCACAAUUGGUUCAUGGAUGCUUGCAAUGAAUGUCAACCAUGAGGACAAUCGGCUACUAUGUGAACCCGAAUGUACUCCAUCUUCUAUUGCUGUGUGGGAUAUUCCGAAGUGCUCUGGGCUCUGUAAUCCUGAAAAGAAGUUAUUGGAGCUUCAUGAAAAAGAAAGCUGCUCAAAGAGUCCAACUCUAGAAUCUGACGAUUAGCACGAUGAUUUGAAGAAUGUCUUUUUCCUUCCUGUGGUCUUGCUGCUGCUGGAUAUGUUUCGUUUUGACCACUAUUUUCUCUCAGUUUAUCUCUUCUUUGUUGUAGUAUAUUUUUUCAAUUGAUUAUAUCUAACAAACGAAUUUUUGCGGAAAGAAUUUGCAUUUUCUCACCUUCAAGAGUUAUAGAAGUUAUUGAAAUAGUUACUUGCUGGGGGAAUGAUCCCCAAUUUCUACUUUCACUCCCUGUAACAAACUGAAUGUCGAUACUUUUCACUUCUCUUAAUUAGUCA